AUGUCGCCAUUACAAUAUUUUCUAUUUAUAACGGUUACGCAUAUUUUCAAGUUAAAUGAUGCUCUACCGCAAGUUCGUGUUCGUCCAAAAUCGGCAGUAAUUACAUCAUCAUCUGAAACACGUUUAUAUUGUGAAAGUGAUAGUCAAAUAUUGUCUGUUGCUUAUUGGACGCAUGUUGGUACACGUAUAGAAAUAAAACCAAAUGUUAUUGAAGCAUCAGGAAAUGAAUUACGUAUAUCACAAUUUGGUGAUACUGCUUAUACACAACCAGGCGAAUACGCUUGUGUUGUUAAAACGAAAUAUGGUCUAUUAGCAAGUGAACCGGCAUUGUUAAGUUUACCAACAUUGGAUCCAUUUAAAUCUUCAACAAACUUAUCCACGACAACAUUGAACAUAACAGAGGGAAAUAUAGCUGUGAUACCAUGUGAUUUACCAAAUGGAAAUCCAAAGCCGGUGCCAAUAUUCUCGUUUGAUAAUGGACGCAUUAUUAUUGACCGUGAUACAAGUCGUUAUAAAAUAUUACCAAGUGGCAAUUUACAUAUAAUUAAUGUAAAAAUAUCUGACACAGGAAAAUAUCGUUGUUCAGCUAAAAAUCCAGUAACGUACCAAAUUGUAAAUAGUAGUAAAUCAAUAUUUUUAAAUGUUACAGUACCCAAAGAAAAGAUACCAUUAAUUCCUGUUUAUAUACCACCAUCAGCAUCACGUGUUCUAGUUGGCGAUAAUUUUUCUCUUGAAUGUGUUGUGGCUGGAGCACCUGUUCCCGUUAUUGAAUGGGAAAAAUAUAGUAAUAUUAUGCCAGAAAAACGCAGUGAAGUUCUACACGGUACAUUAUAUUUGUAUGAUAUUCGUUCGGAUGAUCGAGGAUCAUUUAUUUGUCGUGCCUCAAGUAGUAUUGGAUAUUCAGAUGUUGCAUACACAGCAUUGUUAGAUGUUCUCGAACCACCAAAAGUAGUACAACGACCUGAUUCACUUAUACAAAUACAACGUGGAGAAAAUGCUUAUAUAAGAUGUGGUUUUCGUGGUAGACCAGAACCAGUUAUAACCUGGUUAUUUAAUGGGGAAGAAGUGUCUCUUAAUGGAUCACCAGCGAUAGGUGGAACAUUGACGAUAAAUGAAGUAAAAGAGUCGAAUCAAGGUAUAUAUCAGUGUAUUGGCCGAAAUUUAUAUGGUAUGGCUCAUGCUAGUGCUGCACUUGUAUUACCAACAUUUCAAAAUAAUAAAACUCAAAAUAAAGAAGUUAUAAAUGAUAAUUCACAUCGGCACUCUUUAAUUAUUAUUGGUCCCAGUAAUAUGACAGUUUAUGAAGGAGAGACAGUUCAGCUCAAUUGUUUAACAAAACGUGGUGUUACUGUACAAUGGUUACAUGAAAAUGUGAUUAUAAAUCCAAAUUUAAUGAGACGUUAUGAAAAGUUAACAUCGGGAGGAUUAAGAAUUGUAUCGGCACAAAAAUCGGAUAGUGGUUAUUAUGAAUGUAUUGCAUCAGAUGGUUUUGGAACAACAUCGGCUAAAUGUUAUAUGAAUGUUCGAGGUCUGAUUACGCAGGAUCGAGAAGCUAAAUUAUUGGAUGAAAAUGGUGAGAAUAUGUUGUUACCAUUACAAUCUUAUGAAAAAGUUAUCAAAAUUGAAAUUAUUGAUAUGGUUCAAAUUGAUAAUAAUGCUGUUGACUUAUUUUGGGAAAUCAAUGGUACAUCUGAUCUAAAUUAUGUACAAGUACAAUAUGGUUUGUUAAAAAAUAAUUGGUUGACAAACGAUGAAAAUCUUACUACAUCUGUUAAACAUGCGAUUAUUGACACUUUACAAGCUGGUUACGUGUACAAAUUUCGACUGGUGGGUUUUGAUCAACAAGGUCAACAAAUAGUUUCCAGUUCUGUACGUAAAUUAAAAUUAGAAUAUAUGGAUAAUAAUGAUCAUUUAACGAAACCCGUUCAAUCAAAUAUGAACAAUAAUAGUCCAAUUCCGCGUAUCACCGAUGCAUGGGCAUUACAAGACGGUUCAAUUGGAGUAAAGUGGCAGUUACCAACUAAUUCUACAACAUCGCCAAUACUAAUUGAUGGAUUUGCCAUAUUUUAUCGACUUUCUCGUAUAAAAUCAAAUUAUACUAAAAUAACAAUACCAAAUGUUCGCUUUCCACCAAUUGAUACAUACACAAUCACAACAAUAGAACCAAAUCAACAAUAUGAAUUACGAAUGGCAACAUAUUCUUCGCGUGGUUUAAGUCAAAUGAGUAAUCCAAUGGAAAUUCUAGUACCACCAAUUUCAAAUCAACAAGCAGCUGUAAAUCGACGAUCGCGUAUUAAUAAUUAUAAUGAUGAUUCAUCUUCAAUCGAUUUAGAAGAAAUUUUAGAAAAUAUAACAAAAUUACAAAGUGUAAAUGGAAAUAAUAACAAUAAUCCUUCUGCAACCGUUUUAUCUACCUCUUCGUCGUUAGCAUUAGCACAAAAAAAUUCUGAUUUAUUAUAUUUAAUUACGGGAGCGAUAGCUGGCGUCUUACUUCUUCUCUUGAUUAUACUUGUUAUAAUGUGUGGAAUUAGAUAUAGACAACAUAAAAAAUUUGUUGCACAUGUUAAAUCAGCAAAUGGUUCAGCAUUUUACGAAGAUGCAAUACAAAAAGGUCUUAAUCCUGCGAACUAUGCAUUAACACCUACUUUAACUCAUGGUGUUGUUGCAGUAGAUGGAAAACUGAUACCGUUCGCUUAUCCAUCGUCACAUAAUAAUCAACAUAUCGUAUGGAACAAUCCAACUCAAUCUAAUAUCAUUACAUCAAAUGGUACCAUAGACACUGCUGCUAUACACAUUAAUUCCAAUCCACUUGACGAACAAGUAAACCAAGAGAAUUUUUACCAUACCUUAACACCAUUUAGUACAUUACCAUUUGAUGAACAUUCUUGCAGUAAUCAAAACCAUGGUCUUUUUGGCUAUAACAAUGAUCGUGGAGCAUGUCCGAUACAUCGUACUCAUAAUCAAAAUUAUACGUCAGAUACAUUUCCAUUAAAAUCAUCUUCAACAAAAGAUGGUAAUAGUAAAAACAAUGCUAAUAACUUAAAUCCAACACAAAAUCAUUUUCAUCAUCAAUUUCUACAUCAUCACAUACCACAUGCUACCUGUCAAAGGUUCAAAGAUAAAAAACAUUCACAAAAUAAAAAUAACAUAAAUAAUUGUGAAAUUAUUCAUGACUUGUGCGAUCGAAGUUUUUGUCAUUCUUCGAACGAUUCCAGUCAUCCACUAUUGGUUGGUGACAGUAAUAAUAGUAGCGAAUUACAUCAUUGUACUGCAGUCGGUAUACGUAAUAAUAUGAAUAAUACUACGAGCAUGAACGGUGUACUUGUACAGCCAUGCACUGGUUCAGAUUCGUCAAGUGGUAUUGGUUCGAGCGUUGAAUCACCAUAUACGGGUUGGAAAUAUUUAACACCACUUUGUGUUUCUACUUCGUCGCAUCAACAGUCACACGAACAACAAACAUUCUCACCAAAUGAUAAGCAAAAUUCGUCAGAUUCUACCAAUACAAAAAAUAUACGUUCAAAAAAUACUGACAAUUUAUCACCAAACAAUAGCGUAUUAUUAAUUGAACCGUUAAACAGGAAUGAAAAUUCAAACCAUUUAUCUUCAUGA